UUUUUUGAAAGCUAACCAACACGCUCGAUCGAUCAUCAACCAAUGGGUGUCGCAGUGAAAAGAAAGAAUAAGAGUAGUAACACUUCUGAGCCUGUUGCAAAACAAGCUAAAAAGGAACAGUCAACUGACAAUGAAUACAGUAUGAUGGGUACUGGUUUUUCGGAUGAAGAUGAGGCUGGCGACUGGGAAUCAGGAUCAGACGAUAGUGAUGACGAUAAUGAUGCUACCGAAGAUCUUCCUAGCACAGAAAUUAAAAAAACCAAACCGACUGAGGACGAUAUUAUCUCUGGGGAGUUGGAGGGAUUGAAGGAAACCGCAGAAUUAUACAAGUCAAACAUUUUCAAGUUGGAGAUUGAAGAAUUGCUUGCUGAGAUAACUCCCAACUACGGAAAACAUAAAGCUGUAGAAAAGGCACUUCAUCAUUUAAAGGCCAUAUUUGAUAGCAUACCUGAAGCAAAGCAACCCAUGAAGUUGGUCGAAUUUGCGGAAAACAUGUACAAAUCGUCUAAUAUUAGAACACCUUUUCCCGAUCCUCAACCUUCUAAAGAAGCAAACCAUACUUUCACCUUCGUUCCUCCGGCCUCCAUCCACUUGGUGGGCGGCUAUGCAUUGAAGACCAUUACCAAGUCCACAAAAUCCCAUCCUUUCAAUAUCGACGUUGCAGUAGAGAUGCCAGCAACCAUUUUCCAGGAGAAAGACUAUUCCAAUUAUCGUUAUUUUCAUAAACGUGCAUGUUAUUUAGCCUGCUUAGCACAAGCCAUCAUCGCAGAAUCCAACAAAAAAACCAAAAAUGCGAAAAAGUUCAAAGUGGAAUACAGCACCAUGAAAGGCGAUCUACGUCGUCCUAUUCUUAUCGUAAAACCUAGUGGAGACGGCUCUGAUGUUGAUUUCACAAAGUCCAAAUGCGUUAUCCGUAUUUUACCGUACAUCGAAAAUGAUAACGAGGAUGCAGCUAUUCCAUUACACCGCUUAGCACCCGGCAAAUCAUGUGUGAAACCGGCUACAGCCACACCUCACUACAACGCUUCUCUUUUGAUGGACAUGUCUUAUACCAGAACGCUUGCCUUCUUAUAUCAAAUCAGUAAAUCCUCACCUGAAUUCAAAAAUGCCAUUCUAUUAGCCAGAACCUGGAUUCUCCAACGUGGAUUAGAGUCCGUGGGUUUGGACGCCUUCCUAUUUUCUAUGGUCAUGGCGUACUUGUUGCAAGGCAAUCAAGACGGUACAGGAAAGAAAUUGUCGACAUCUCACAGCUGUUAUCAAUUGUUCAGAGGCACCUUGGAUUUCUUAGCUGCACAUGAUUUCAACAGCACGCCUGUCAUGUUGGGAGAAAGUGAAAAAGAAGAGUUUUCAGCCGUACAAUUUCAGACGCACUACGACGUAGUGAUUGUGGAUCCCUCUGGUAUGUUGAACUUGGCAGCUCAAAUGACAAGAUCAGCCAUGAGUCAAGUACAGCAUGAAGCCAAGCUAGCCAUGUCUUUUUUCAAGGACGAGACUGCCGAUCGAUUUGAUGCUUUGUUUUUGAAGAAAGUGGAAGAUUUCAAAUUCAAGUAUGAUAAUGUGGUUCGCAUUCCCUACAGCGAACAGAAUUGGUCGUUUGAUGAAAGUAAAGAAAAUGAACAAGCGUUGAAAGCAGACUUUCAUCAUUAUUUGCCCUACCUCGUUUCUCGCAUCAGUGACAUUCUACAACGUGGUCUGACCAAUCGUGUGGAUUUGGUAGCCAUUCGUUAUAACCAGCCUAGCAAUAGCUCUUGGUCAGUGCAGGAAAAUAGGCAGGAACUGAAGGACAUCACCAUCACCAUCGGUUUGUUACUCAACAGCGAUAACGCGCCUCGUUUAGUCGAUCAGGGGCCUGACGCCGCUAAUAAAGAUGAGGUGGCUCGAUUCCGUGAGUUCUGGGGCGAUAAAUCCGAGCUUCGUCGUUUCAAGGAUGGCUCUAUUGUUGAAUCUGUUGUUUGGCAAACCCAAGGAUAUGAAAACCGCUCUCUUAUUGUACAGAAGAUUGUCUUACAUCUGUUGAAACUGCAUUUGGAUGUCUCUGCUGAUCAAUUGGUUUAUUGGGCAGGCCAAGUCUAUCCUUUCUUGCGCUUUUCCAAAUCGUUGCCCCAUCAUCUUUUCAAUACUCAAGAAUUGGAGGUUCAGGGAUUUCAACCUGUCAUGUCAGCUUACAGUCAAUUUUCCAAGCACUUGCGUCAACUCGAUGAUGCCUUACCGUUAUUGAUCAAUAACGUUUAUCCUGCUCAUGUCAAUUUGCGCUAUUCAUCAGCCACAAUACCUCAUCCUGUUGAUUUUCGUAAUAUCAUAGCUUAUCCCCUUACAGCGCGUUACGUCGAUGCCAUGGAUGUGGUUGUUCAUAUUGAAAGUUCUGCUAAAUUUCCGGACGAUUUAGAUGCUUUACAGAAGGUGAAACAUGCCUUUUUGUUGAAGCUAGCUGAAGAGUUCAAAACUCGAUAUCAAGUGGAUGCUGUCGUUGUCGAUGACGUUCGUGAAAAGAAUCCCUGGGCCAUUCGCGGCUACCUAGACGUUUAUUACUUUGGGUAUAUUUUCCGUUGUCAUAUUCACCUGGAACAAGAAGCCACUCUCUUACAAAAGAUCGUGAAUAGCAAAACCGCGACCAUCAUGAAUCAAAAUUUAGCAAAGGAUGCAUUAGAAAAAUACAUGUACCGAUUACGUUAUCAACAACUGCAUACAUUCUACAUCCAAGCUAUGUGUGCGAAAUAUACCGCUUUUUCAUCUACAGUGAGGUUGGUGAAGCGAUGGUUUGGUGCUCAUUUGCUGUCCAAUCAUGUGGCUGAAGAAGUGAUAGAAUUGAUAGUGGCCCAUGUGUUCUUAGAGCCUCAACCAUGGGUCGCUCCAGUGAGUACCUUGGCAGCAUUUAGCCGUGUAUUGGGCUUAUUGGCCACAUGGGACUGGCAACAAACACCCUUAAUAGUGGAUGUUGAAGGAGAACUCGUGGCUAAGGAUCGAGAAGAAAUCACGACACAGUUCAGUCAGUGGCGUCGUGUCAACCCUCAGCUGACGGUGGGUUGUUAUACUAUAGCCACUGCCAAAGAUCAUAGCGGUCAUCGAUGGAGUAUGCAUAAACCAGGCCGUGCUAUAGCAGCUCGUGUCCAAGCUUUAGCGCGUGCUUCAGUCGAUGUCAUUGAAACAGCCGCCCAUGGUCACGAUUUAAAGCGUGUGUUCGUGACGCCUAUGGAAGAGUAUACAGCUGUAUUGGAUGUCGAUAUUCAAAUGUGUGGUACACGCUAUUAUCAGAAUAUGCAACCUGACCCCAAGUAUUUAAAGAAACUCAGUUAUGGCCAGUUGGACGAGGAGAGUGAUGAUGAGCAGAAGCACAACUUCAUUUUGCAUGAUAAUACACCCUAUGCUCAGUUAGAUCCUGUCUCAGAAUUCGUUCAAGAAAUUGAGAAAGUGUACGGUAAAACGUUAUUGGUUUUCCACAACAAGUACGGUGGCGAUAAGCUGGCUCUUGUUUGGAAUCCCAUUUCCGCAACGCCAAUACAAUGGAAAGUGAAUGCUGGUUAUAACAGCAUACCAGUAGAUAUGAAUAAGAAUGGAUUUUUGAAACCUGCAAAAGGGAAGAAAGAGAUUUCAAAAAUGAUUUCACCCAACUUCAAUGCCAUUCUUGCUGAAAUCAUUCGCCUAGGCAAGGACGGUAUUUUAAAAGUCUAAACGUUUCAACAAUUGUAAUAAAAAUCUGUACAUAUCUCAUUUAGAAAGUUAAGCUAUUAUUAAGUUAUUGAAUCCAGAUACCUGGAAUUUGCAGGCUUGCCUGCCAUUCUAAGUUUCCCCCCCCCCUUUUUUUUUACUGUGAAAAAAGUAUUUCUCGUUAAUAUAAAUAAAGGUAGUGUUUAUGUAUUAUACCUUCUCCAACAUUUCAUAUUAUAUACGUUUACUUACAAUCAUCUACGUUUGCAG